AUGUCAAUCAAACCUCAAGCUCCUAAUAAUCCAAAUAAAACCGGAAAUGUCACAAGGGUAAGAUAUAGAUCUCCAUCAAGGCAGUCUCGAGCAUCUCCACACGGGACUUCUACAAUAAGAAAAAGAUUCACGCCAAGUGUGAAUAAAACUUUUUCUCCAUAUGAUGAUAUAUCAAUAGUAAAAAAUCGAAGCACAUCAGCUGAUCGGCAUCGAUAUAGCGCUACUGCAGAGCCAGGAAAGCUAAGAACAGGCACUUUUAGAGCCACAAGCCGACUGUCUAACUUUUUAGAAGAAAAAGAAGCCCAGUUGGAGCAUGCCAAAUUUUUAUUGAAAAAUGGGAUGCAUAAAGAAGCUAUUCAAUCUUUUGAAGAAAUUCUUAAAAACGAUAAAGGGAGUUUAGACGCUUUAUAUGGCAGAGGUGUUUGCUAUAUGCAUCUAAAUGACCACAAAACAGCACUAGCUGAUUUCCUAGCAGUUGAAAAAGAAAAUUCAAUGUAUGAUAAACAGUUAUAUUUAGCUUUAAGUUCCUGCUUUAGUGCUAUGGGAGAUAUCCCGACUUCAUUAAGAUAUAUAAGCAAAGGACUAUCGAAAUUUCCAAAAUUCGUGGAAGGGUAUAUUGUUAGAGCACAUAUUCAUAUGGAGCAACAACAGUGAGAAAAAGCUUUAACUCUCCCCCCCCCCCUCCGUGAGCGAACAAAACCAUUAGAAAAAUCGCCAUUUUUUGACCAAAAACCCACCCUCCGUGAGUGAACAAAAAUUUUUUUAAUAGAAAAAAUUUUAAUGGAAAAAAAUUUUGAUAUAUAAGUGAUAAUUAGUAUAAUGAAAUCUAGAGCUAAUUCUGUUUAAUUUUAAACAAAUUGCGUUUUAAAACAUAAAUUUUGCAAAUUAAAUUAAUAUUUGCUUCCCAAUUUUUGCAAAUUAGGAUUUUUUUUAAAUUUCGAAAAAAAUAUUUUUUAUAAAAUUUAUAUAUAAAUUUUUUUUUAAAAAACAAAAUUAACCCCCCUCCGUGAGCGAACAAAAUUUUUUUGUUCGCUCACGGAGGGGGGGGGGGGAGUAAGCGAUUUUCAAAAAGCCCUUGGGUUUAACUCUGCUGAAAUUCCAGCGGUAUUUGGAAUUGUCGACUGUCUGCAUGCUAUGGGAGACAACUCAUCAGCUUUUGAUUAUUUAAAAAUUGCUGCGUCAGUUCCUAAAGCAGCUUUGCCAGCGUUGUUGAAGAGGGCGAAAUUAAAUGUCGAUGUAAAUCAACAGGAAGCUCUUGAGGAUUUUGAUAAAUAUUUGUCACAUUGUCCUGAAGACUCUGAAGGCUACUUUGAAAAAGCUCAACUUUUGUACUCUUUAAAAGAAUACCCAGAGUCUGCCUUAUGCUUUGAACAAGCAAUUAAAUUUGACAGGGACUUCAAAUAUACAAGCCAGUCUGUGUUUUAUUUACUCCCCUUUUAAAUUGGAACAAAAAAUCCAAGGGGGUUAAUUUUCUCCAUAAAAAAAUUAAUUGAAUUCGACAUUAUUUUAUUUUAAUUUUAAAUUAAUUUAUAAAAAUUAGUAUUUUUAUAUAAAAUUUUCCUUUUUGAAAAAAUUAUUUUUCUAAAAAAUUUUACCAUAUUUUAUAUUUUAUUCCAAUCUAAAGGGAGGAGUUAGGAGCUAUCAAAAUCAGAGAAAAAGACUUUUAUGGAGCUUUAUACACAUUUAAAAGGUCAAAUGGGCUCAAGGAAAUGAAGCAGCAGACGAUCUUAAGGAACUACGCAGAAGCAGUAAUAUGUAUGAUGAAAAGAAAAUACAAAGAAGGAAUUGCUAUGUUUUCCAAACUGAUCAAAAAAGAGUAUCCUAUUUUAAAGGAAUAUCAAGGGAAUUGUUACUGCUAUAGAGCUUAUGGGUACAAUGCUUUAAAUCAACACGAAAAUGCCCUGCAUGAUUUUAAAAAAGCAAUGCUGUAUACUGAUUUGGACAAGAUUAAGAUUAUAUGGCCAUAAUCGGAACCUCCAAACCCGUAUUACCUUGAUACAGGAAAAAUACCUACGCUGGGUGUAUAUACACCAGAAUGCAAAUGGUGUAACGCCCAACCAAAUUUUCACCAUCUUGAAUUUUCUGGCAAAGCUCGCAUAACCUAAGGUUUUACUACCUAGGUUAGAGCCAUCCUAUCGGGUGCUCCGAUAGUCCAAUAGACAAAGAUUAUGUGGUAAGCAAAACCUGUCUAACCCAUCUAGCAGGAACAGUAAGCCUUCGGUGAGGUACAAAACUUCCCUUUUGGUAAGGCAUCCCUAAGCCUAACUGCCUACUUCAAAAGGGCAGAGGCUCUUUUUCAAUUCUUCAAGAUGGCUCCAACCUGUUCUAUAAGGAGUGCGCCUACUAUAACAAUCCUUCACCGUCAUCAUUAUAUUUCUGAUUUGGACAAGCUUCAAAAUACAAUCAAAAAUUAUCACAAGGGUAUCUCGCAGCAUCCAAAGGUGACAAUUCACAAGCUAUGAAUUAUUUUAAAAAAGCCCACGGACAUUUCCCAAAAAACCUUGAGCCACAGCUAUACCAAGCUUGUUUAUUAGUCCAAGAAGCCUUUAGCAGAAGCCCAAUUUCCCAAACUAGCUUAACAGAAGCAGAAUCUCUUAUCGACAGAGGCACAAGGGCAAGAGAAAUCGAAAGUGAGGCAUAUUUCUUUAGGUCAGUAAUUAAAUAUUUAACAGGGAAAUUCAAAGAAGCCUUUGAAGACGCAAAAACUACCAUUGAAAAAGCUGAAGACAAUCACGAUAACCAUUAUAUAAUAAGAGGACUUAUCCAUGCCUCUUUAAAAAUGUAUAAAGAAGCAAUUCAGGACUUUCGAGUAGCCCAGCAGCUAAGUGAAGAAUUAGGAUAUUUAUAUUCAUAUAGAGGACGAUGCUCUUAUCUUAUGGGUGACACCAAUUUAGCGUUUUCUGACUUUCAAAAACUUAUGCUGGCUUGUCCAAAGGACAAAAAUGUGCAUAUUGAGGCUGGGAAUUUUUUGAUAUUAACUGGACUAUAUGAGGACGCAUUAGAUGCAUUGGACAGGUCAAAUAGGAUUGAGCUGAAUUUCGAAGCGACCUACCAAAAACUUAAAUGCUAUAUUCUGCUUACUCCCCCCCCCCCCCUCCGUGAGCGAACAAAAAAAUUUUGUUUCACUCACGGAGGGGGGUUAAUUUUUUUUUUUAAAAAAAAUUUAUAUAUAAAUUUUUAUAAAAAAUAUUUUUUUCGAAAUUUAAAAAAAUCCUAAUUUGCAAAAAUUGGGAAGCAAAUAUUAAUUUAAUUUGCAAAAUUUAUGUUUUAAAACGCAAUUUGUUUAAAAUUAAACAGAAUUAGCUCUAGAUUUCAUUAUACUAAUUAUCACUUAUAUAUCAAAAUUUUUUUCCAUUAAAAUUUUUUAUUUAAAAAAAAUUUUUGUUCGCUCACGGAGGGUGGGUUUUUGGUCAAAAAAUGGUGAUUUUUCUAAUGGUUUUGUUCGCUCACGGGGGGGGGGGGGGGAGUUAAUAAGCUAGAUGAGUCUAUAAAAGAAAUUGAGAGAGCACUGGCACUUAAGCCAAAUAAAAAAACCAUUAUUUUUGAUAAAGACUGUUUAUUGUAUAUAAAAGAAUUCUUACAGCUGCCUAAAACUAAAGAAAACUUCAAAGACGCCAUUGAAAUUUUUACUAAAUGGCUAACAAAUGGUAAAGGCGACUUAUAUGACGAGAAAUAUAUAUAUUGGCUGAGAGGCGUAUUUUAUAUGUACACAGAAAGCUAUAGCUUGGCUUUAAGGGAUUUUCAAAAUGUGUUAGAAAUGAUACAGAACCAAGAAGUCUCCACAAAUCCUGAUGAAGCUAUAACUGCUGAAGAAGAAAACUGUGAAAUUUUAUUUAAUAUUUCUUUAUGCCACAUGCAGUCUAACCAAUCCCACGCUUUACUGAUUUUCCAAGAUCUCUCAGAAAUCCUCAAUAGCAAAAAUAAAGGCCAAAUGUAUUUUUUGUCAGCAUUGGCUGAGCUUACAUUAGGUAACAACACAUCUGCAGAAAAAUUAUUAAAAGAUGCUUUUCAGUGUGACCCUGAAAGUAUAGGCCCCUUUUUAACAAAGCAAACUACCACAAUUCUUCCAUUAAACACAAGCAAUGAAUUUGUAGCGAAUUUCCCAUUUAUAAUAAUCCCUUUCAAUAAAAAACCAGUUAUACAGGUAAGGCCAGCUCUAUCUUUGCCUAGAGUAAAGCUUCCAAGCUUGGAUUUUAGUAUUGAGUAUAAGGUAAAAGAUUAUUUUUCUAUUGAAAAAGUCAUCCCUAAGCCUGAAGCUCCAUGGAUGAACAGAAUACGUGGAUCUAUUCAGUUUACAGACUCAAUUGUGGAUAUAGACUCUGAUCCUUCUGAUAAUUCAGACGAAGAGACCAAGCCAACACUUCAAAAAGGCUCAGGGUCAGAAAUUGAAGAAAUGAGGCUGGUCAAGUCUGCGAUGCCUUUAAGGCACUUUUCGUCAUCUUUACGAGAUAGAGAUGAUAUUGGGCUUCUGCAGUCUAAAGAUGAAGACUCUGUGUCUGAAAAGGAAAAGGCACCAGAAGAUAUAAUCCAGCUGAUUAAAGCUGUAUGUAAAGCAGACUAA